AUGGAGAGCCCCUUCUUCUACUCGCUCGAUCCAUGGAGCGCCGCUGGCCGCCGGCGCGGACAGAGAGACGUCGAGAGCCCCUUCUUCUACCCCGCCGAUCCAUGGAGCGCCGCUGGCCGCAACUACCCACACGGCCCUGCGACCGUGCCCACCUCGAAUCCUCGCGUCGUCUCCAUUCCCGUCCACUUUGUUAGGUCCGAGGAGGCCCCCGCCGUCACGAAGCCUUCCAUGGCGCCGCCGUCUGAGGCGGUACGGUCGUCAGCGGCCGUCGCCAUCCAGAGGUUCUUUAGGGGCCACAUGGUGCGGAAGAACGUGAGCAUCGUCUCUCAGGUCGCGAUGAAGGUGGAGGAGAUCGAUCGGAGGGUUCGCACGGAGGCGGAGCGGCUGAGGGCGGACCCCAAGGAACGGCUGCGGAUGGGCGAGAUGCUAAUGUCGCUGCUCCUCCGUCUGGACUCCGUCCGCGGGGUGAGGGAGUAUCGGAAGAAGGCGAUCCGGAGGGUGAUCGCGGUCCAGGAUUUCCUGGAUUCGAUCUCGUCCCAAAUCCUAGAAUCGUCGAAUUCUCAUUAUUCGGAACCACUGAUUCCGGCGGAGACGCAUCAAGAUAACCGUGAUCCGGAUGCCGACCUUGAAGAGGCAGAGGAGCCUCCUAAAGGAGGUAAUUUCGAUGGAGAGUCAGCCCUCGACGCCAACGCCGAAGAAGCCUCGACUCAAGAGUGCCAAGACCCGGAUUUUGCUGCUGCCGAUGAAGCUGCCUCUCAACAGAGCCAAGAUCUAGGAGUUGUCAUCGUCCAAGAUGCCGAAGCACAAGAUAGGGAACGGGUGUCUGAUGCUUCUGAUGAGGGAUUUGAAACCUUAGAUUUCAUCGAUGACCUCGAGAAAGAAGAAGCGAAGGAUGAAGGCUUCGUGGUGAUUCCGAUGGAUGAAGCUGAAGCUAUCGACACUUCUCCGACAAAGGCCAACUCGGAGGCAAAAUUCCAAUGCGACGAGGCUGCCACGGGCAAAGCUGGCGUUUCUGAUUCAACAGAGCAAGAAAGCAGGGAGACGACCGCUGUCCGCUCGGAGAAUGCUCCGGAGGUCUCAACGGAUAUGGUUGACGCUUCAACCGGGGAGGCAGGAUCGCACAUGGCCGAGGACUCGAUGCACGCAAUGGCGGAACCCACAAAGGAUUCAACGGACGCCUCGGGGACGGGGGAGGUGCUGAAGAAGGUGAUGGCGGAGAGCGAGAGGCUGCAAGGGCUGGUGGCGGCGUUGUGCGAGCGGAGUGCGCAGCAGGUCAGUCUGAUGGCAGGGCUGUUCGAGAGGGUCGAGCACUUGGAGCGGGCGAUGCAGAGGAUGGAGAAGAAUAAGAAGAGACGUGCAAACCGCCCUCUUGCUUCCCCGAUCGAUAAGAAAGGAAGCCAAACGAAGCAGUGA